GCGUGUGUACAUGUGAGCGCGUGCUGAGGGUCAGAGCUCGGCGGCAGUGUGGCUUUAAUAAGUGAGGAGGAAGAGACAUGGCAGACCAGGCAUUCGUCACCUUGGCCACAAACGAUAAAUAUGCUAAAGGAGCAAUGGUGCUGGGGAAGUCCCUGAGGAACCAUAAGACCUCCAAGAAGCUGGUGGUGCUCAUCGGACGCCACGUGUCAGAACCGUCCAGGGCAGUGCUUCAGACGCUGUAUGAUGAGGUCAGGCUGGUGGACGUGUUGGACAGUGGGGACACCGCGCACUUGGUCAUGAUGCAGAGACCAGACCUGGGAGUGACCUUCACUAAGCUCCACUGCUGGACGCUCACACACUACUCCAAAUGUGUGUUUAUGGACGCAGACACGAUGGUGGUAGCGAACAUUGAUGAGCUGUUUGACAGAGAGGAGUUCUCAGCAGCUCCAGAUCCCGGAUGGCCCGACUGCUUCAACUCCGGGGUGUUCGUCUUCCGCCCCUCCAACGAGACCUACGGCAAACUCCUCGAGUACUGUACAGAGCACGGCAGUUUCGACGGUGGAGAUCAGGGAGUUCUCAAUGGGUACUUCAGUGACUGGGCCACAGCGGACAUCAGAAAACACCUCCCGUUUAUCUACAAUAUGAGCAGCAUAGCAAUCUACACUUACCUUCCUGCCUUUAAACAGUAUGGCGCAAACGCCAAGGUGGUGCACUUCCUUGGUAAGACGAAGCCGUGGAGCUACACCUACGACACUAAUCAGAGGAGAGUACGGGGGAACGUGCAGGAGGCCUCGACGCACCCUGGCUAUCUCCUGGAGUGGUGGAGUCUUUACAGCAGCUGUGUGCUUCCCCUGAAGCACCAAGAACACGGUGAAGAGCCUUUCGAGUUCAGUGUUCAGGAGGAGUUUCAGCCUCAGGCCCUGCCCGGCCCGCCUCCUCUCUCCUCAGCCGAGCGUAAACAGCGCUGGGAACAGGGCCAAGCCGACUACAUGGGAAUGGACUCUUUUGAGAACAUCGAGAAAAAGCUUGCUGCUUUCCUUAAAUAAAGAAGAGGGGGUGGGGGACCGACAUUGUAACAGGGUUCUUUACAGUUUUGGAGUGAUGGUUUUGAAACGUGAGUAGAGCCCAUGGCUACAGUGUCACCCUGACUGGUUUUCCUUCAGCUAUGCAGAACUGUCACUGCAGCGUGCCAACCUCGACACCAUUUUUUCUUUCUUAAAACUUUUGUACACUCUAGAACUGGUAUUCAUUUUUGACUUCAUGCUCUUCACCAAAAAAAAAAAAAAACCCUAGAUAAACUUUUCUUUAUAUUCCAGGUAGUCAUGUUUAUAAGUGGAGCUGAAUGCCGCUGUUUACACCGAGGAGGUGACGCUUUAAUGGCACCGAUUUCCGAGACGGCGUUGUUUUUAAUUCUCACACGCAUGCGCACACACCAAUGAGAAGUCUUUAAGUACGACGCCCAUCACAUGACUCGCUCUCGUCAUAGCUCAGUAGUGACAUCUGUUCAAGCACUUUAAGUAGAAAGCACUUAGACUUGAACUUAGGUUAUUUUUAUUUUUUUUUUGUUUUGUUUUUUUUGGGCUUGGUCACAAACUGUUGCCUUGGUUUCGCCCAGUGUUUACGGUUGAUCACAGUAAAAUCUGAGCUUUCAUGCACUUAAGUCUAUAGUUCUGCGCAUAGUGAAUGUCUGCAUUAGUCCGUGUCCACAUAGUGUGAGGUGGAUGCUCUUCACCUCACCUGUUGCUGCUGUCUUCUCUCUCAGUGCAAGUGUCUUACAUUUUCAUCUGCACAAUAAACAUUGAGAUUGUUAAA